AUGUCAAUUAAAAGUUUAGAUCAAACAAGUUUUUAUAAUGAGAAAAUUCAAUCAACUACUACCAAAAACACAAGCGGAUUUUCAAAAUUUAUACGACUGAUAUGUUUGGGUAUUUGGUACUCCAGAAAACAUUUAAUAUUUAGUUAUGUUAUAAUUCCAUUUGGUAUAAUAAUUAUAUUAAUGAUUCUUUAUGGUUUUAAUUAUCUUUUGACUGAUAUAGCAAAAGUUAAAUUUCCAGGAUCAGUUUUGGGGUUAUUAAUAAAUUUAAUUUGGUUAUGUUUAUUAACUAUAUUAACUGAUUUAAAAGAAUUUCCUGAUGAAUCCAAAACUAGAACCAGAAUAAGAUCUGGAUCUACUUGGAUUUUAACAAAUUAUUUAAGAUUAAUAAAACCUUCAAUGAAUUUUACAUUAAAAUGGAUAAAUGUAUUUUUUAUACCUUCAUUUAUAAUAUUACCAUUAUCAGAUCCCAUAACAAUUAUUGAAGUAUUAAAAAUUGCUGGAGUUUUCGUUGUUGGAUUAAUUGCAUUAAUUGUGGUGGAUGUUUAUUUUAUAGAAUUUUUGAAAUUAGUGUUAGCUAAAACUGGAAUAUUUAUAGAAGAAAAAGAAGUUCACGAUAAGGAUGAAAGUUAUAGUAGUAGUGAUAUUGAAAAUGAUGUUGGUAAAACAAAUGUGUUUAGUAGUAUGAGAGAUGAUAUAACUACAAUUGAUUUGCAUAGUCUUAAACCUGUAAAUAUAGUUCAAACAGCACCGGCAGCAAUACCAAUUAAUGAAAAUCCAUUUGAUGAAUCACUGAAGAUAGUAGAACCAGAACCAAUAUACCCCAAGACACAUCAUGUUGGUGAAACGUAUCCUUUACAACAAGUCAACACGUCACCAGAACUAAAAUCAAAACAUUAUGAACAAUUUGAUACACCACCCACCAAAGUGUCAAAGCUCACUUUAUUUGUAACAAAUUAUAUUGAUUGGAUUUUGUAUGGUACAUUAUUUAUUGUAUCAUUACCUUUGUAUUAUAUAAAAUCAAUUCAUACAUUAUUACCAUAUCAUAUGGGUAUAACAAUUUUAGCAUACUAUAUAGCAUUACUAAUACCACAAAAAUGGCCACAAACUAAAAAAUUUGCUCAUCCAAUCUUGGUUUCAACUGGUGAAAUAUUAUUUAUUUGUUUUAUUGGAUCGUUAAUUUACCAUCACAACCCAAAAGGUUUUUUAGAAGAUUUAAAAUAUUACAAGACUGGUAAAAAUUAUAUCAACUUGUUUAAUGGUAAGGCAAUGAAUGAUAAUUCAAAAUCAACAACAAUGCCAAGUGAUGAUUUUACUUCAACUCCUCAAUGGCCAGGUUGUGGUGAUUUCUUAUCUUCACUAAUGGAUGUUUCAAUUGUUUCAUUAUCUUUACCAUGCUAUACUCAUCGUCGUGACUUUAUUAAAAAUUCACCAAUUUUAAUUCCAACUCUUUUAGUUUCAGUUGCAUUAACAUUUUUUGUUUAUCCAUUAGUUGGUAAAGGUAUACAUUUAGCGCCACCUUAUUCUAUUGGAUUCAUAGGUAGAUCUGUUACAUUAGCUUUAGGUACACCAUUAAUGCAAAUGUUAGGUGGUUCAAUUCCAUUAAUGCUGGUUAGUACAAUAUUAUCGGGAAUUAUAGGAGUUUUAUUAAAUGAACCAAUUUUUAAGUUACUUAGAGUUUCUCAGAAUGAUUAUUUGACAAGAGGAGCAACUUUAGGGAUAAAUGGGGGAGCAAUAAGUACUGCUCAUUUAUUAACUGUUGAUCCAAGAGCUGCUUCUAUAAGUUCAUUAAGUUUUUGUAUAUUUGGUGCAAUUAUGAUUAUAAUGGCUGCGGUUGGUGCAGUAAGAGAAUUAAUAAACUCAUGGGUUAAUUAA